AUGUGUUUUCCCAUUUUCUCGUUUGAAUGUUUUGAUAAUCAUUGUUUUCGUUUCUUCAGCGAACAUCGUAAUGCUUCUACUAACUCAACAUCGACGACCAUUUCUCAGCAUACUAAAGACCGUUUAAAGAAUAUGAUUGCACAGCGAAAUCGUGAGGGAAGUCAGACGAACCUUGCCGGCACUGCAAGCCUUAUUCCAUUAUAUGGCCCUUCUUUGCAGGUUAAUGUAUCGUCGCCGCAUUUUGAACCAUAUCGUGUGCCAGCGUCGCUUCAUAGCGUCCAAGCAGUCAGCUGCCAGCCAUCUGGAGAAUAUCAGUUGCGAAAAGUAAACAGUGAACCUAAUCUGAAGAUGCGAAUCCGAGCAAAGCUCCUCAGCAAAGGUUCAAGCCCUGUGCAAAACCAGAGCAGCUUCAGUUUCACACAUCCCCAACUGAAACGGAGUGACAGCGAAACAUCAAGUAAUGGUGGUACAACGGGUGGUGCGAAUUUGGCAAUGGACGCUUUGUUGUCGAACGCUGCUGCAACGGCGUUUCCUCCUCAUCUUAUCAUGCCCUCCCCAAGCUUGCCAAAUCUUGCCGCUCCAACUCUUGCGCAACCUCCUCAAUUACCUAUUGGUAAUCAUUCGAAUAUGGCUUCGUUGAUGGCAGCCGCUCAGUUGACGCCAUUCCUUAGUCUGCCAAGUCUUCUCAAGACCCAGCUUGGCCUUGGUGGUGGUCUUCUAGAGGAUGACAUAACCGAUCGGAGCAAACUCGCUCCUGGUGUAGCAGCCCUUGGUGCGUUAUCACAGCAGGUACCCGUUGGCGGAUAUCCCUCACUGCUCAAGCAACAACUGAGAGAACUUGUACUGCGAAGGAAGAGUCUUGUUCGCGAAGAACCUGAGGAUGAUGAUUCACUUGUUACGCAACCAGUGCUUGGACAAAUGCCGACUACUCUUGGAUUGGGUGAACUAUCAAGUGGUAAAGCAACCGGACUUGCCUAUGACUCCAGCAUGGCUCGACAUGAAUGCGUUUGCGGUGAAAGCAGUUCACAUGUGGAACAUGGUGGACGUGUGCAGAGCAUUUGGGCACGGUUGCUGGAACGUGGACUCGUACAAAGAUGCGAGCGGACUGCAGCAAAGAAAGCUUCUCUCGAACAACUACGAAUGGUACACUCGCCAACGUAUGUGACAUUUUUUGCAGUGUCACCGACGGCUUGCCUUAAAAUGGAAGCUUCUCAGCUACCACUCAAAAGCUUUGUCCAGUUGCCAUGUGGUGGAAUCGGGAUUGAUUCAGACACCUACUUUAACGAUGCCACCACUCAAACGGCUGCUCGUGUCGCUGCUGGCUCACUUAUUGAACUGGCGUCUCAGGUGGCAGAAAACCGAUUGCGCAAUGGCUUUGCAUGUAUUCGACCACCAGGUCAUCACUCUGAACGGGAUCAGGCGAUGGGAUUCUGCUUCUUCAAUAAUGUGGCUAUCACUGCCCGUUAUCUUCAACAGAAAUAUCCUCGACAAUGCUCUCGGAUUGCCAUCAUUGAUUGGGACGUUCACCAUGGUAACGGGACCCAAUUAUGUUUUGAAGAGGAUCCAAGUGUCUUGUAUCUAUCUCUUCACCGUCACGACAACGGCAAUUUCUUCCCUGGCACAGGAGCCGUUACGGAAGUCGGUCGAGGAGCUGGCAAGGGUUACUCAGUGAAUGUACCGUUUUCUGGAGGCGUUAUGAGAGAUGCUGACUAUCUAGCAGCAUGGCGAGUAGUAGUGCAUCCAAUUCUGGAACAAUUCCAGCCUAAUUUCAUUCUGGUCUCAGCCGGGUUCGAUGCGUGUUGCGGGCAUCCGAACGCUCUUGGCGGGUAUAAAAUUUCUGCAGAAAUGUUUGGUUUUAUGACACGUCAGUUAAUGGGAUUCGCCGGCGGGCGAGUUGUAUUGGCCCUCGAAGGAGGAUACGAUCUCGCAAGCAUUUCCGAUGCUGCAGAACAGUGCGUUAAGGUACUUUGUGGAGAUGACGAUAAAGCGGGUUUGUUGAAUAGUGAGGCGCUCGAGGGUAUACCGUGUCUCAGUGCUCAAGAAACUAUACAGAAGGUUAUUGCAAUUCAUAAAGGAUACUGGCCGAAUCUGACAGCCGAACAGGGUUUAACAACUAGUGAACUUCAUUGGCAAACAGUUGGCAGACAGUUCCAGAAUCUGACGAUGGGAACCGUUUAG